AGCAGCCCCCUCACCCAUUACCCGCCAUAGCAGGCAGUUUGGUCAUCAACUUCCCUGAUCUACCUCAACAGCUGUAUAUCUAAACUUGCAGCCCCUUAGCUGUGCAGCAACUCAUAGUGAGUAGGGAAAGGGGGACUAGAAAGUAGGACAGAGCAGUCUGGCCCCUUUCCUUUCGAACCAGAAGCACAGAUUUGCGGCAGGGGGAGAGAAGACAUUAGUCUUGGGUGGAGAGAGAAAAAGAGACAAGAUUUUCUGGGAAGCUUGCUGCAGUCACUGAGGAAAAAAGCCCCUGGGACACAGACCAGUGUGUCCCCGCUGCAGAACAUCCAAUUUUAUAGAUUUUUUUUUUCUAUCAAGGGGAGAAUAUUCACUGAACAGAAAUCUCAUCACCUGGAAACAUGCACAAGCGUACAAAGAUAAAGAUUGCCAUCUUCGUGCUGCUGGUGGGUAUGGCAUGCAUGUUCACUGCAGUGGUAACGGACCACUGGGCUGUGCUUAGCCCACGGGUGGAGAAAGUCAAUGAGACCUGCGAGGCGGCCCACUUUGGCCUGUGGAGGCUGUGCAAGAAGUACAUCUACAUCAGUUCGGAAAACUUUGCGGAGGGGCUCGGCUGCGGACCCAUCAGCCUACCUGGAGAGGAAAACUGCACUUAUUUCAGGCACUUCACUCCAGGGCAGGAUGCUGAGAUAUUCGAAUACAAAACACAAAAAGAGUACAACAUCUCAGCUGCAGCCAUCUCCAUCUUCAGUCUGGCCUUCAUGAUCCUCGGCUCUCUGUGUUUGAUGGGAUCGUGUACUGGUAAAGGCAAAGGAAGAGACUACCUCCUUAAACCUGCUGGAAUGUUUUUUGCAUUUGCAGGUCUCUGCUCCUUCAUCUCACUGGAGGUGAUGCGUCAGUCGGUCAAACGCAUGAUUGAGAGCGAGGAAACAAUCUGGAUCGAAUACUACUACGCCUGGUCCUUUGCUUGUGCCUGUACCGGCUUCAUCCUCCUCUUCCUCACUGGCAUCGCUCUUCUCAUCCUCUCCAUGCCCCAGAUGCCCAGGAAUCCAUGGGAGACUUGCAUGGACGCCGAGCCAGAGCAAGUUGAGUGAUACGCAGCGAAAAGCAGGACAAGACUGACUUGAUAUUUCUUUUUAGUUUUGAGUACAAAUUAGAUUCAUUUCAAGAGUAAGAGCUCAUCAUCAAAUAGUAAGAUCAAAAUAAGGGAAAACCGGUGCUUGUGUUAGUGAAUCAUUGCCAUGAUGGGAAAUGUACCUUUCCAUCAUGACAUUAAACUGAACAUGGCUCUUUUGUAUGAGUUUAGUCUUCUCCUGUAUGUCCAAGUGGUCUUCUGCUACACUUAAAGCUUUAUGUUGUUUACCAUGUUUCAAAUCUGACCUGUGGCUUUAAACCCACCUUGCUUCUCAGUAAGAGCAGAACUCGCCCACAUGGCAUUUGAAGGCAUUUUUGAUAUGCUUCCCUUUUCCUGGUCAACUUGACCUUUAUUGCCGGCAUAUCUAGAAAUAAUAUUGAUUGAUGAUAAGUUAUUGUUAUGUAACUGUGGUCUCACCGAGGCUCCAAUGUGUCAUCGUCACGCACACCUUAGCUAAAAAAAAGACAUUAACAUUUUGAGAAUAAAAGAAAUACAGUAAUGGCCUGACAUCGAAGUAACUUGAUUUUAUGUACUGCAUAAUGUAUGAUAUCUUGUACAUAGCUAAUGUUCUUCUGUAUUUUUUAUGGAGUCGCUCAAGAAGUCCCUCACAAUGUCAAUUAAGUAGGUCAAGAUCUAUUUAUUAAACUGUACAUCAGUAGGAUUUAUAAAGAUAAACAAUGUCUGAUUCAAAACGAGGUAGAUGCUUAAAUGGAUGAUUUUGAGCCAAGCAGCUACUCAGAACAGGUCUGUGUGUGUGCGGUAGGCUGAAUGCUAAACACCCACUAAGUCUGCAGCGACAGUCUAGUUGGAAAAGGGGCCUUUUGGUUUUUAUUGACAGCUCUCAAAAUAAACUGAACCCCGCCACAAAAAAAGAAAAUCUCAUAUGAGAAUGAAGAGUCACGAGAAACAUGAGACAAAUAUGUGCAUCCAUAAUUGGCAGUGUAUCAUUUAAAAAACACAGAACAUAAAAAUCCACAGUGAUAGACAAUCUGAUGGCAAAAUCUAAUCCUACAUGCAAACAGUUGCAGACUUGCUAAAUAAAUAACAGCGCCAGCCAAACUGUCACUGACUUGAUGGAAACAUAACACAAGAAAAAAAUAUGACACGAUUGUCUAAUGUAGCUGCAAGUGUCAAUGCUAAAUUACAGCCACCAAUGUGAGUUCACACUUCCACUUGCAGCUUGGAACGCAUUUCACACGUGCAACAGUUGUCUGCAGCAAGAAUGCCAACGCUGUUUACAAAUGAAGAUUCAUGAGGAAAAAUUAGCAAAGACAAUGUUGCAAGAUGAAGUUCAAAUUAUUUUGGUUCAGCUCUGUUAAAGAAGCAGAAGAAAUUGUAUAUCUUACUUGCAUAAAGUAUGAAGUCAUUUUCAGUAUAUCUUUUCGAAGCACAGUGCAGGAAAGACAACACAAGAUUUCAGAUUUCCGAACAGAUAGCUAAUUAUUGAUAAUGCAAAAUUCAAAUCAAUGAUGUACAAUGUACACCUGUGGAUAUCAAAAGCCUACCAGCCGGAUGUUUCUUUUUACAUUGCUUGACAUCACCUAUGAAAUGGCUGCUAACCUUUGCGUAUGGAGGUGAAAACUAAUAGAUUUGACCUUUUGUGCAGAAUUCUGGUGUCACAUCAAAGCAGACCACACUGCUGACGUUUUGUCAGAGCUGCAACUAUUCAUUUUAUGAGCUUAUGAGCUCAGGGUGAAAAAAACAAAUAUCUUUUUUUUCAGUAGACUUGUUCUUCAGACUGUCAAUGACAACUGAAGUAAAAAAAAAAGAGGCAAAAAAGUAAAGAAACAAUCAAAUACAGUUAUUAGUGGAAACUGCUGACAUGAACUUUCUAUCCUUAUAGUCUAAGUUUGUCUUUUUCAUUGGAUAUGGCAUGCAGUUACGAUUUGGAAUGCAGUAGCUUUUGUGUGUGUUUGUAAUUAACUAUAACUUUGUAAUGAAAAUUAAAUCUUGAUAAGCUUUGGAAAA